AUGAAACAACUGGCAGGCCUUGUCCCAAGGCAGGGGCUAAGCCGCUGCUUCAUACCUUCCAUCCGAAAUAUAUCGGCUGGCAGAGUUCGGGACGGAGAAGACGAGGUCCAGGAUGUUGUGAUCGGUGCCGGCGUUGUUGGGGUCUGCACGGCCUACAGCCUAGCAAGGCAGGGACGCAAGGUGAAGGUCUUGGACCAAAGCUCGGGUCCAGCCCAUGGCUCCAGCUGGAUCAAUGGGACCCUCGUUUGCCCGUCGCUGAUGCUGCCAUGGACUGGUCCGCAAUUGAUUCCCAAGGUGUUCAAGUCCUUCUUUCAGCCGCGGCAUCCACUGAAAGUCCAUCCAAGCACUUUGUGUUCUUUGGAUACAUACUACUUCGCCCUGCACUACCUUGCGUCCUGCCGACCUGGUCAUAGCAAGCGGACGACCAGGCGUUUGGCAAACAUGGCGCGAUACUCUCGCCAUUGUUUGGAGGCUCUUCUUCAGGAUCACCAGGAGCUCAACGAUCACAUGCAUAGGAAAGCUGAUGGGACUCUUCAGGUCUUUGAUGACCAGGCUGCUAUGCACGCGUGCCUGGAUGCCUCUGCAGAGAUUCAGCACGCCGGAGUUCCCCUGCGUGUGGUCCAGGACGGCGAAAAGGGUGAAAUCGACGACCUUGCUGCCCGGCUGCGUUCGCAAGGUUUGGAGGCACUCUAUCUGUACUCCCCGCUGGACACCAAUGGAGACUGUGCCAAGUUCACAGAAUUCUUGGAGGGGCAGUGCCGAGAGCUGGGUGUGGCUUUCAAUUACGACUCUAGUGUGGAAGGUUUUCGAUACAGCGAUGGGCUGUGGGAGAUUUCUAUGCCAGGGCGCGCGGUUCGAGCAAGGAAUGUGAUUCUCUGUGCAGGUGUUGGUAGCCCCAGGCUGGCUGCCCAUCUUGGGCUCCGACUGCCAAUGGCUCCUGUAAAAGGCUACGCCAUCACUGUCCCACUGAAGCCCGGUGUCCAGCAGCUGCCAUCGAACGUGGUCCAGGAUUCGAACAAGCUGUAUCUUGCACCUUUGGGCCCCGAUUUGGUUCGCAUCACUGGCUUCGCCGAGUUUGCGGGCUUCGAUGUAUCUGUUGACAUCCGCCGUGCAGCUAUUCUGGCAGAGCAAGCAGACAGGCUUUUCCCGGACUGUUUGGACUUUGAUCGUGCUGAGUACCAUGCUGGCUUGCGCCCUCUCAGCGCUGAUGAUGUGCCGAUCAUCGGUGAAGCGAAGCCGAAUUUUUUCUUAAACACUGGCCAUGGUUCUAAAGGCUGGACUCAUGCAGCUGGAAGUGGGAAGCUUGUUGCAGACCUCGUUGCUGGACGGCAGCCUGAUCUGGAUCCGGAAAGUUACAGCCUGAGACGGUUCUUCAGUUUACAUCAAAAAGAUGCGCCUUUUGAUUUCCAGCUUGGGACGCUUGGUCUCAUGCCGUAG